GAUCCAUUGACUAUGGCGAAUGUCAGCCGGCAGAGUUUGACCUUGGAGCAGAGUUGGAAGGCUUUGCAGGAUUACUACAACCAGCAUGGCUCGAAAAUUAACAUGGCAGAGAUGUUCAAGGGAGAUUCCUCAAGGUUUAAAACCUACAGUGCCACUCUCCAGACACCAGAUGGAGACUUGUUGGUGGACUUCUCCAAGAAUCUCAUUAACCAAGAUGUCAUGAAACUCCUGAUGCAACUGGCAAAAGAGCGUGAUGUGGAGGCUAUGAGGGAUGCCAUGUUUAGUGGUGAACGAAUCAACUUCACAGAGAACAGAGCUGUAUUGCACAUUGCUCUUAGAAACAGAGGGAAUAAACCUAUUAUGGUGGACAGCAAAGAUGUAAUGCCAGAUGUGAAUGCAGUACUGGCACAGAUGAGACAGUUCACAGAGGCUGUCCGUAAUGGUCAGUGGACUGGCUACACUGGGAAGAAGAUGACCGAUGUGGUCAAUAUUGGCAUUGGAGGGUCUGAUCUGCAUUACAACAUUGAGUACAAGUACAGAAAGUGUUAG